AUGGAGUUCAACUCAAACAGCAGCUAUCAGAAUGAUUCAUAUGUGUACGAUAAUGAAGAUGUCUUAAUCUCGAUGUGUGAGGUUGACUAUAGAAAGACGACCGGCGUGUGCUAUGCCACGAUCUUCUGCCUCAGCAUCCUUGGAAAUGGCUUCCUCGUGUGUGCGCUCACCUGCUACGAAGACCUGAAAAGGGCCACCAACCUUUUCAUGUUCUACGGCAUAAUGCAUGGAGAGACUUCGCACGAGGCCUCCAAUAUCAGCUAUGAUUAUAACUUCAACUACACAUAUGACGAAUAUUAUCCUUUGGUGACAUUAGAGGAGGAGAAUUUUUCAUUUCGGAUAAUCAAUGCCAUUUGCUGCAGUCUCAUCAUCUGUAUCAGUCUACCCGGAAACAGCUAUUUGCUUUGGGUGGUCUUGAAGAAAGUGGGUUUGAGCAGCUCUGCUGAUUGUUUGCUCCUCCAUCUGACAGUGUCCGACCUCAUCUUCACCUUCACGUUGGUUCCCUGGACCGUCAAUCAUAUUUGGGGAUGGAUUUUUGGAAAUCUGGCCUGCAAGCUGUUCACCUGGUGCAUCUUUUUGGGCCUGUAUAGCUACAUGAUGUUCCUCACAGUCAUGACAGUCCAUCGAUACGUGGCGGUGGUGUAUCCGGUGUUCGCUUCAUCUGUAGGGAAUCGUAGCAGGAUUUACACGCACAUCGCGUCUGCAGUGGCAUGGUUGAUCUCUGUGGGCUUCAGUCUGCCUGAAAUGAUCUUCUCUGAAACUGUGGACGGUCCUGAUGGUGUAUUUUGUGUUCCCAACUAUAACUCAAUGUUUAUGGAGCUGUUAUUGUUCUGCUCACCUGAACUCAGGCAGUCGGGGCUCUACAGAGGACCAACAGAUCCCAGCGACUCCAGGAUUCAUCCAUACGCGAAUGAAAGAGCUCAAGAAACUUACGGCAUAAUGCAUGGAGAGACUUCGCACGAGGCCUCCAAUAUCAGCUAUGAUUAUAACUUCAACUACACAUAUGACGAAUAUUAUCCUUUGGUGACAUUAGAGGAGGAGAAUUUUUCAUUUAGGAUAAUCAAUGCCAUUUGCUGCAGUCUCAUCAUCUGUAUCAGUCUACCCGGAAACAGCUAUUUGCUUUGGGUGGUCUUGAAGAAAGUGGGUUUGAGCAGCUCUGCUGAUUGUUUGCUCCUCCAUCUGACAGUGUCCGACCUCAUCUUCACCUUCACGUUGGUUCCCUGGACCGUCAAUCAUAUUUGGGGAUGGAUUUUUGGAAAUCUGGCCUGCAAGCUGUUCACCUGGUGCAUCUUUUUGGGCCUGUAUAGCUACAUGAUGUUCCUCACAGUCAUGACAGUCCAUCGAUACGUGGCGGUGGUGUAUCCGGUGUUCGCUUCAUCUGUAGGGAAUCGUAGCAGGAUUUACACGCACAUCGCGUCUGCAGUGGCAUGGUUGAUCUCUGUGGGCUUCAGUCUGCCUGAAAUGAUCUUCUCUGGAACUGUGGAUGGACCUGAUGGUGUAUUCUGUGUUCCCAACUAUAACUCAAUAUUCGUGGAGUUGUUUGGAUAUUUCACUCAGAUAAUUCUCUUUUUCCUGCUGCCAUUCCUGGUUAUUGUGUUCUGCCACACACGGAUGGGAUUUGCCAUCCUUCAGAGUCGCAUCCGAAGCAGAAACCACGCCGUAUGCGUCAUCCUAAGCAUCGCCGUGGGAUUCUUCAUCUGCUGGGCGCCGUAUAACAUCUUCCUCCUCUUCUUCUCCUUGAGGUCUCUAGGCAUUUUUAUAUUGUGGGAGAGCGUUUUGGAGGUCAUCUACUGCAUCACUCACGUUCUAGCGUAUUCCCACUGCUGUCUGAAUCCACUCGUCCACAUCUUCGGAGGGAAGAAGUUCAGGAAUUACCUGCCAUGGAGCAGAGGUUUCCGUCGGCUCUCGCAGAGGAUCAGCAUGCAAACGUUUAGCAACUCCAACAGCUUCUCGGGUCAGUUUCAUCUCUGAUCAUGUCAGAGGUCAUGAUGUCAUUUUGUUGCGGCUCCAAAGCGAGUCACAUGACGUUUAUUGAGAUGAAUAACAGAUUGAUAGCAGAGGUUUUAUUAAUCAAGCAACAAAAGGCAAGAGCCAAAUUCUUAGAAAUGUGAUCUAAAUGGCAUUUAUGUUGGUUUCAUAUAUUUUUUAAAAAGUUUAGUUUAGUGGUGUAACUAUCAAGUAAAAAAAUGAAUUUGCCUCAAAACAUGAAUACCCGCACACCGUAAAGGGGUCACAGGAUGCCCAUUUUCCACAAGUUGAUAUGAUUCUUUAGGGUCUUAAUAA